AUGCCAACGGAUGAUGAAUUGAGCUUGUCGGAUUUGGAUAUGGUUAAAGUUCUUGGAAAAGGAAGCAGUGGUGUUGUACAGUUAGUUCAACACAAAUGGACUAGCCAGUUUUUCACGUUGAAGUCUGUUGGAACCCUGGAAUUUGAUGGAUACACCCUUAGAAGAGCAGCAAGAGUAGGGAAUCACAUGUCACCAAUUUGGAACAUACAUGUUUUAGACCAUUGA